UAAAUUUUUCCCAAAGUUAGCGAAAAGUGUUAAUCGAUUUUAGGAAGAAAAUGAACAGCACCAUGGACAUACAGAUGUUUUUAAAGGAAGAGAGAGAAAAACUAUUGAAGGAUAAAAUGAGAUUUCAAAACCAGCUGGGAGAGAAUGAGACGGAGACAAAAACAAAUGAUUUGAACACUCAGCGCGCUUUUAACGUGGGUUGCAAUGAUAAUUCGGUAAAUUCUAAAGUUGUCUCGAAUGGUUUUACACCUGAAUUCGCAAGGUCUCUGAAGGAGGACAUAAAUGAACCGGCCAAAUUGCUUAGAACGGAACAGAAGAACGACGUUUCAAAAUCACCCAUCAACAUCGCCAUUGACAACUGUAACGCAACCGGAGAGGAAGAUUUGACGGAUGCACCAAGGGAUAUGUCGACCAUAAGCAGAUAUACGACGACAUCUAAUCCUCCGACGGAGACAAAAACAAAUGAUUUGAACACUCAGCGCGCUUUUAACGUGGGUUGCAAUGAUAAUUCGGUAAAUUCUAAAGUUGUCUCGAAUGGUUUUACACCUGAAUUCGCAAGGUCUCUGAAGGAGGACAUAAAUGAACCGGCCAAAUUGCUUAGAACGGAACAGAAGAACGACGUUUCAAAAUCACCCAUCAACAUCGCCAUUGACAACUGUAACGCAACCGGAGAGGAAGAUUUGACGGAUGCACCAAGGGAUAUGUCGACCAUAAGCAGAUAUACGACGACAUCUAAUCCUCCGUAUCGGAGAUCUCAAUCAGAAGGUGUUUCAUGUAUCAGUAGCUUAGGAGCUGAAUACGAGCAAAGGAAACGAGAACUCUUACUAGCACGCAACAGGGACUACAAGGAAUAUUUGGCGAAGCAAAAAUCUUUGGAGCAAAAAUCUAAAAUAAAACGAAAAUAUGACAGUGAUUACGCCGACUCUGAUGCAUAUAGUACAUCAGGCUUUACCAAUGCGACAGCUACUCAGACUCAGACCAGGAAUAGAUUUGAAACGCAGGAAACGAGUACCCGUCAGAAGAAAUGCACAAUCGCUGUACAAACAGAGCCAUUACGCUCGUUAACUUUCAACGAAAGAUCUCGCAACAGGCCAGCAUAUCGUAAUAGGAGCCUAGAUUUAAUAUCUUUCGGUGGAGGCGAUUCUCAUGAUAGGGAAAAUGAUAUAGAUGGUUCCGAGCAAUGUGAUGAAGAAGCUAGAAAACGUGAAAUUUACCAGAUGGAAUUGAGUGAACAAAUAAGAGAAAAACGCCUGGAAAUGGAAGCCAAGCAGCGCAAAGAAAUGGAGGAAGAAGAAGCGUUGGCUAGAAGGCUUGAAGCACAAAUUCAGAACAUGCAGAUGGAGCGUGAUCUGGAACUUUUGUCACAAGAAAACAGAAAGGAAAAGAUGAGAAAGAAUUCUAUAAGGUUCAACGAAAGAAAGAAACAGCUCCAACUAGAAGUUGAACAAGAAAAAGAAAGAUUACGUCAAGCGCGAAAAUCAUGUCCCCAUAACACACAACAACCGACAACAUCUUUUGUUCCAACGAGGUCUAAAUCCCCUCCUAUACCGGCUUUGAAGAACAAACUUUUACCAUUUUCUACAAAUAUUGAUUCUGAUUCUGUCUUUGCAAAUUCACUAACGAAAGAUACAGAAUCUCUAGCAGAACAAAUUCAUAAACUCAGUAUCCCAAAGUCAAAAGAAAUUACAUAUAAACAUUUUGAAACUAACAGUACAAUUAGUGAAGAUUAUGCGAGCAAAGUUGCUUCAUGGGAUAUUUCAAAUGGUUAUCGAGAUGACAGGAAUGACAAUAAUAAGAGAUCAGUUCUGAAGACAGUGGUAGCCGCAGUAGUUCAGACAAGUUCUGUUAAUGAAGACGAUACUCACGAUGAUGAAAAUUGUUUAACUAAAAUACUUUCUGAUGAAAAACUAGCUACAAAUAGUAUUUUAACACAGCUUGGCGCAAUUAGGCGCCAGUUGCAAAUGACUCAAAUAGAAUUGGAUGAACGGCAAUCGAAGUCAUAA